AUGCCGCCCCUCCCGCCCGAGCUAAUUGAGCAUAUCGUCGGCCACAUCCGGACCCAGGCGUCCCUCAAAAAGUGCUGCCUCGCCGCGCGCGCAUUCGUCCACCCCUGCCAGAAGCGCCUUCUCGCCACGCUCUCCCUUCCUGUAGCCAAGCCAAGCCGCUGGAAGCGCGCGGUCACGCACUUCGAGCAGUCACCGCACCUCGCCUUGCUCGUUGCCCGCCUAAACAUCGAGCUCGACUGGGAUGUGCCUGAGCCUGGCGCGUUCGCGGCUGUCGGCCCGGACUUCCUUGCACAGAUGGCACAGCUCAAGGGCGUGUCGUUUACUUCGAACACGACGGGCGUGGUGUCGUGGGGAAGAAUGCCCGCCCCGGUGGAUGUCGCGUUGACCGCGCUUUUCCUUGACCGUCGAAGACAACAACGACCGCUUGAUUAUGUGACCCUCCACCACGUUUCCGACAUUUCAAGUCGGGCCCUUUCCCUUUACAUCGGCGCGUGUAAGCGACUACGCUUCACAUCGUCUAUUGCGGCGGCGCACAAGCCUGAGGACGACAACGAAUCUUUCGAGGGCGGGUAUGGGGACCAACCCGUCACCUCUAUCUCCCUACGUUACACUUCCACCGUUGCCCGCCGACUGGGUGAUACGCAACCGCUGCGGGUGUGUCUACCCGCCAUCGCCUUCCUGACCCUCUCUGGCCACGAUCACAAUAUAGAGGACCUACUCCCCGCGUAUGCCUUGCUCGCGCCGACUAUCCCCCGCAUUGAGCUCCCCUCGAUGUAUGACAUUGCGUUGGACGAUGCCAAAGCAUACGCGCUCCCGACAAAUUGGCCAGCGCUGCGCGUCCUCACAGCACGCUUCACGGCUAACGAGCUCGAAGACAGUCCCCCGUGGACGGUAACGCAGCUGAUUGACACGAUGCUCCAGCCAGAAGCGUGUCCGCAGUUAAGCGAGCUCGUUGUGGUGCUUCGGGUCAAAAUUGAUGACUCUGAGUAUUACGAUGAUGAGGACGAGGAGGACGAGGAUGAUGAGGAUGAUGAUGAGGAUAACGAGGAUGGCGAUGAGAAGGAAGAGGAUGAUGAUGACGAUAACGACGGUGAAGAAGAGCAGGAGGGAGAGGAUGACAGUGCAGACGAGGACACAGAUGAAGAACCUGCCAGGAAAGGCACGCAGUCUGCAUCAGCCGCCGAGCGGAAGGGACCUUUCGACAGCACCCUGCCCAUCGCGUUCGCAUUUAACCCAGCGACGAUUGCACGGCUCGACACGCGGGCGGUGUCGCAUCCCACCCUCGCAUCGCUGUGCUGGGAGGUCGUAAUCGAGUUCAAGUCGACGGGAAUGGAGUACGAGGGAAUGACAUAUACCCCGCACGACGUCGAAAAGGCCAAAGUGCAGUAUGUCGCCUGCUGCGCGGCCCUGAAAGAGUUGAUGCCUGAGAUGGUGGCAAAGGGGAAGUUGGCAUUUCGAAGUCGGGAUCCUGAGCCUUAA